AUGGUCGAAUACGAACUGCAGGCGUGGGAGCCGCAACUUCCAAAAGAAGAAGCUCAUGGCACACCAAACGACAGCCCAUUGCGACAUCAAGAAAAGCAAGAAGACAACAGUUCCGCCCUAGGAUCUUCGGCCCACGAGCCGAUUUCCCCAAAGAAGCAAAGUUUCGUCCGACGCUUCUGGAGCGAGCAGAUCAGCGUUGUAGUGGAUUUCGACAGCUGUCGUGAUCAUCUAGCGCUUGAGCGGACUUUCCUAGCGUAUCUCCGUACAGGAGUCGCGACAGCAAUCCUCGGAACCAUCGUCGCCCAACUAUUUGCCCUGCAACAAGCAGAUUUAGGAUUCGGAUACGCCAUGCUUGGUAAGCCUCUAGCCACCGUAUGCUAUGGUCUUUCGAUAUGCACAACCCUGCUCGGUGCCUGUCGGGCUUGGAGGCUUCAAAAGGCAAUGCUUCGCGGAAAGGCGAUCGCCGGCGGGUUUGAGGUCACGUCACUCGCUGUGGGAUUCUUAGCGCUCGUUCUCAUCUUCUUCGGUCUUUUGAUAGCCUUGGACAUUGUCAAGGAAUCGACAGUAAAGUAA